AUGAUCGGGUGCAGGCGGCGCUGGAGAAUUCGCCUGCGAGAUGAGCGAGAGCCGCAGAAUCAGCGAGCAGGGAGGCGGAGCCUCCGGUGGCGGCGACUUCGAACCGGCUCGUCUAGCGGGGUCGACCGGGCCCACGUCUCCAUGCACCAGCGCCACCCCCCACCCGCCCCCUCCGGGCCGGAGGGCAGCCAGGCAGCCUCAGCCCUGUCCGCUGCUCGCCACGGGGCCUGCAGCCCCUGGACCCUGUUCUCUGUGGAUGAGGAGUUCGAGGAUGAGCUGUGGGGGGCUCCAGAGUCAGCCUGGUCCCGAAAGCAGUGCACAGCCGGAGUCAGCCUGCCCAUCCCCAGCAGCCGGGCACCGGUCACAUGUCACCCGGAUUUCUUGUCUGCCGUGGAGGAUGCCGAAAACCAGCUUGCUGGCGCAGAAGGGCGCCUGGCCUGUGCGUCCUCCGGCCUGUGCCCACGGAGCCCAAGCCCACCAGCCCUGCGCCCCGCGGCUGCUUCGGUGGCACAGUGCCCACCUGCCUUGGGACUUUGCCGCACUGUCCCCAGGGUUCCCAGUGCCCCCAGCGACCCCCAGAGGCUGUGCCUGACUUCUAGCAACUGGGCAGGUGGCCAGAGGACACAUGGGGCCUGGGGGGGACCAGCCCAGGGCGAUCUGGAUGAGGUCCUGGCCAGCCUGGAGCUGGAGCUCGGGGCUGACGCCAGGGGCCCCGCUCCAGCUAAAAGGGCCCGCAUCCUGGGAUUGAGUGGGCUGAUCUCAGGCCCUGCUGCUGCACCGGCCCCCCUGGCGCCCCCAGCACCCAGUGGGCCCCCCAGGAUACCACGUCCACUCUUGAGGCCUGGUGUCACCCGUGCAGAUGCCACCCUGCCAGGGCACCUUCCCCAGCCGCUCAGCCCCUUGGGGACCCCCAGCCAUGGCUGCACCCGGCCUCCUCCCCGUACCUGUGCAGGUGCUGGCCUGUACCCUGCCGCCCCCAGGGCAGGCCCAGCAGCUUCCUGUAGGGCAGCCCUGCCACCCUGCACUCCUGUAUCCUCACCCAUCAACACCCCGAGAGGGACCCGCUCCUCACUGCAGAUACCAGUUGUCACCAACCACCUGGUCCAGCUGGUCACUGCCACCACCCGGGUCCCAGCCUGUUCCCGCACACGCCGCUUCCCCGGCCCAGCCGGGCUCCUGCCACAGCAGCAUGGUGAGAGGAAUCCUGAGGAGAUCAUGGUUUCCACGCCGCAGACCCCGGCCCACGGUGCACGGGCCAAGCUCCGCACAGAGGCUACCGUCACCAGCUCUCAGGCACCGGCAGCGGAGGACUUCGGGCAUGGGCCCUGGCUGGCCAUGAAGGCGGCCCUGGGCCUGGACGACAGUGACCCUGCGUGCUUCCUGCACACCUGCAGUGUGGCCAUGGUGCUGCGGAAGGCAGCCCUGAAGCAGCUCCCCGGGAACAAGGUGCCCACCAUGGCAGUGCUGGUCAAGUCCCUGACUCACAGCACCGUGGACGCCAGCGUGGUUCUCAGAGACCCCACAGGGGAGAUGCGGGGGACCGUGCACCGGGCGCUGCUGGAGGCGCGGCGGGGCGAGCUGAGGCCGGGCGCUGUGCUGCUGCUACAGCAGGUUGGGGUGUUCUCCCCAUCCCUCCGAAGCCACUACCUCAACGUGACACCCAGCAACCUGAUCCAUAUCUACAGCCCGGACUCCAGGGACAGGGACCUGCUUGGCCCACAGGAGCCCAUCCCUGAGGGCCCAGGAAGUCCCCAGGGAAGACUCCAGCUGGAUGUGGCUUUGCAGCCCGGGCGGGGCCUGGGGCUCAUGGCCCCUGAGGAGGAGGCCCUGGACACAGAUGACCUGGACGGACUCCUGAUGGAGCUGCCUGAGGACUUGUUCAGUGACAGCUGCAGUUCAGACCACCCUACAGCAGGACCACUGUGAGCAGCCGCCCGUGUCUGCACCUGAGCAACAUCCGGGAGGCCCAGCGUGGGAGAAGGCAGCCAAGACGGAGCCAGGCCCAGCGCACUCUGCUGGGCCCUGACUGAAUCAGUCUUCUCAGACCGUGUACUGGGGCCUUAGCUUCCAGGGCACUGGCAUACCAGCCCUUGGCCAAGCCCAGUCCGGCCCUGCCCCUGCCCUGGCACCGCCUCUCCUGCCCACCAGAUGCCCCUGCCCCUUGAGGGACACAAGAGGCUGGCACCUGUGUUCUUGUCCCUUCCCAGCACUACAGCCGCACAGGGGGACCCAGGGCCACAUUCUGCCCUGGUCCAAACUUAAAUAAAGCUCUGAGACAGCUCA